UUACAAUUUCGUUUUGGAUGGGAGCAAUACAGCAUUGUCGGCACUGGUCGAGAUGUCGUCGCAGGGCUAAAGGGGAUCUGAAUAUCCCAAAGCACCUUUCACACCGACGAGGACCCACAUCAUCAUGAACCUGAGAAUGUCGUCGUAAGCCUUGGUCACAUUCGAAUGCCUGUCUACAACAUCCGCAUUUGUAGGGAAACAUGUCUUCUCGAGAAUGCGCGCCUGAGUGACGCAUCAAUGAUGCUUCGGAUGGGAAUGUCAAAUGACACUUGCGACAUGUGUGAAGCUAAAUGA